AUGUUUGCGACUAGGGUUCUACGGGCGCCAGCUCGAGAUGCCCUCAGAACUGGCUUGCGAUGCUUCUCCUCCAUACCCGCGCAAUCGGAUCCGCCCAAAGCCUGGACACCAAUUCCGUAUAUCACAGAAACCAUUGGAGGAGGCUGGAGAACCUCUGAUAUCUUCUCCAAGCUCCUCCAAGAACGAAUCAUCUGCCUCAAUGGCGAGGUGAACGAAACCCUGUCUGCUGCAAUCGUCGCACAGCUUCUCUACCUCGAAUCAGACGCUCCCGAGAAAGCAAUUACAUUAUACAUCAAUUCCCCUGGUGGGUCGGUCACUGCUGGGCUAGCUAUCUAUGACACGAUGACAUAUAUCCGGUCUCCGGUGUCCACUGUCUGCGUGGGCCAAGCAGCUUCGAUGGGAUCACUAUUAUUGUGCGGAGGAGAGAAGGGAAAGAGAUUCUGCCUGCCGCAUAGCAGUGUUAUGGUUCAUCAACCGAGUGGAGGGUACUUUGGGCAGGCCAGUGAUAUUGCGAUCCACGCACAGGAGAUACUGAGGGUCCGGAAGAAAUUGAACGAGAUUUUCAGACGGCAUUUGACGAAAGAGCAUACCCUCGAGGAUAUCGAGAGAUUGAUGGAACGAGACAAGUUUCUAAGUGCCGAGGAAGCGCUGGAGAUGGGGAUAGUGGAUGAGAUACUAGACCGGAGGAUCAAGGACGAGGAGAGGAAGGAAGAUAGUUCAACAUGA